AUGCCUGAUGAUCUGCGAGCUGCUUUGGUCACGGUCAGUGAGAAAGUCCUGGCCUCCAAGAAGCCUUUGACACAAGAUGAUGUGGACGCGCUGAUUCAGCACUGCAUGGGCCGUGAGAUGACAGAUGAGGAGGUUAUGCCAAGACAACUGAUCUUGCAGGAGCAUGAUGCCACGAUGUCACAUGUGUCACAUGACACAGUGUCAAAGGCAGAGCUUGCUCAUGUGAAAAGAGAGCUUGGGGAUGUGAGCGGCAAUGACACUGUGAAGUUGGCAGUGUUGGAUGACAAUGUGCCAUUUGAUUUGGUGCCUGAUGUCAUCCAUGUGUUCAAAGAGCCACCUGAUGCCUGUACAAGUGUGGUGGGAGUGGAGCCGAGAACAGUGGGCUCCACAGCAUCAGGUGGCCUGCGUGUCCACAUACACACUGACAAAGAUCAUGUGUGUAAAUCCUUUGUGGAUGGAGUGCUAAAUGCACUCUGCAAGGCUCAUGGCACUGGCACAUGCUGGCUUGAUGACAAGUGGGAAUUUGAGAUGAAGAUCAAAGGGCCUGGUCGGGUCGUUCGCAUCUGUGGCAACUUGAUUCCAGGAAACAAAGUUGUGGAUGACUUGAUGGACGCGCCACCGCCACCGCCUGCCAAGCGCCAAAAGACAUCUCUUUUCAAUCGCCAGUCGACAUUGAUUGACAGUGUGAAUGAUGAGGCUGACAGCCAGGUGUCACCCACCUUAGAGUUCAAAUACUCCAGCUUGAAGGCUUGCUUCAUGCAGGUCUUGCAGAUGCACCCUGCAGUGAAAGACAAGUGGCCAAUUUCAGAACAUGCAAAUGUUCCCAAGAAUUUGGCAGAUGCUGUCCUUGUGGUUUGCAACCAUGCAAGGAGGAUCUCCAGAGACAACACAAAGUUUGCUGAGGCCUGCGCCAAGCUGAAUUCUUAUCAGGUGGAGAAGUUGGAAGCCAUCAGAGCUUUGGUGAACCAUAGAAACAAACAUGAUGUGGAAUCAACCAGGCGCAGCUCACAAAAAAAGGAAACUGAAGAAAAGGAGACAGCUGCCAUUCCAAGCCCCAAGAAGAAAGCUAAGAAGAGAGCUGCCAGCCCUGCCACUUCUUCAGGGUCAAGUGAGACUUGGAGUGCCCUGCAGGCCUUAGACAUCCCAGCCACCCAGACUGAUGGGGAGAACUCCUUGCUGAAUUCAGCCAAGAAGUCUGCACCUGUGCCAGCCAGAAAAGCAGUACUGAGGGAAAAGGUUGCCCAAAGCAAAGGAUUCAAGAGACCUGCUGCAGACCUGGUGAAGAAGCCAGCCUCUAAAAGCACAGGCAAACAUAAGCAUGAGCCCUUUCCUGAUGAUUACAAGGUGACUGAGGAGCUCAAGGUGAUGCCCUACCAGAAGCUGGGCUCAUGCGCUUUGAGAAUCAAGAAUGGCAGGCAGCUUAUCCAGGUGGUCUCCCCCCAUGGAUUUGAAGAUUCGAAGAGUUUGGCUGUGCAGAUGAAGAGGAUGCUUGAGAAAGGCAAAAGCUUUGGUGAAGUCAAAGCUUGGAAAGAGAAGAAGGUGUCUUUGUGUGAGUUCUACUACCCAGAGCUGCCCAUGGGAGUAUUCUUGACCAACCUGGUGGCCUAUGCCAAAUCCCAGUGGAACCUGAGGAAAGAAGACUGGGAUACUGCUCGAAGAGUCUCAGAGGAGCACUUCUUUGAGCGACUCACUGAGGGCUUGAGUGACCACCUCGUAGCUCAAAUGCAGAUCCCACAAGCAUGGCAAAGUGAAGAAGCAGGAGGAUCUGGCAAAGGCCCUGGUCGCUCUGGAGUGGUGGCACCUGCAAAAGGUGGAAAGGGUGGAAAGGGUGAAGGUGGCAAGGGUGAAGCUGGAAAGGGUGAAGGUGGAAAGGGUGAAGAUGGAAAGGGUGAAGGAGGAAAGGGUGAUGGACAUGCUGCUGAAGAAGAAGGACCAGGGAAAGGAGUUGGAUGCAAAUCCUACAGAGGCUUUGGCAGGGCCUGUGACUUCAUUCGAAGUGUCAGAGAUGUUGAAGAGUAUGAGCCAUCUGCUGUUCGCAAGCCAGCAGCCAGCAUUCUGAAGAAACCAAAAAAGGAAGAAGAGCCAACAGAUGAGCCAGAAGAAGAAGAGCCAGAGGAAGAAGAGCUAGAGGAAGAAGACCCAAAAGAAGAGGAAGGGGAAGAUGAAGAAAAGUCCAAAAGGAACAAGCAGCUGACAAAAAAGGCUUUGGAGGAUCACCAAGUGUUCAUCCAGGAAGCAGGCAAGCUGAAUCUCACAGACUCAGAGUUUGAGAAGGCACUGGGCAAGCUACCUGAGAAACAGCAGCAAUGCCUUUGGAAGAAAUUUGAAGGCAGUAGAAAGGCAACUGCUGCAGAGGAGCAGUACAAGAAGGAAACAACUGGCACUGGUAGCCUUGCAAAAAAGAAGAAGUUGCUUCGCUCUUGGUGUUUGGAUGGUGGCAAAUGCUCUGAGAUUUACAAGUCCUCCUUGGCCAUGAUCUGCUUAGAAAAGAACCAUGGAGUAGAAAAGGAAUGGCUCAGCAAGAAGAAAAUGGAAGAUGAGCUUGGCACAGAGGAAAUGAAAGCCAGGCUCACAGCUGGCACUCUGAGAUGGAGAAGGAACCCAGAAGAUGGUCGUUUUUUCCAAUUCCAAAAGCUGUCAGAGAAGGAGGCAGUACAGCUGAAGAAGACCAAACAAUCCCAAAGGGAAGCCACAGGGGCUUCAAGCACCAAGGACUUGAUCUCCUUUGAACAGCUGAUGUUGGAAAACCUAGAUGAGGAUGAUUUUGCCCUUGGGGCACAAGUGGAAGAUGGGGAUUCUGAGACAGAGGGGCUGGACAAGGACCUGGCCAAGGCAAUGGGCAUCAAAAAAGAAGAGAGAAACACCAACAAGCCUGUGAAGGGUGACAAGUGGGCCCAAUUGAGUGAAAUUGGUGAGAAAACAAAGGCUGGGGAGAUUGAAGAGAAAAUUAUGAAAUUCAAAACAGAAAUUUCCAAGGACAUGGCUGCACUUGAUGGUGGUGCCUUUGCCUUGACCAAACAGAAUGGUGACAAAGUCCUGCUGAAGAAUGUGAAGCUGGCCAGCAAAAAGGCUUCUGAGGCUUUGGGUGAACUGGCCAAACUCAUGUCCAAGAAGAAUGUCAAAAAGGACAUGGUGUUCCUGCCUGCCCUGCUGGAGAUGAAAGAGCUGAUGGUCUGGGAAGAGGAAAUCUCCCUGUCACUCAUCAAGCUCUAUGAGGCCCAGCAGUUGGGAUGGAAGCAGUGGGUGAAGAAGUUUCACACCCAGUGGCACAUGUCUGGCAACACAGCAAUUGGCUACUUCACAGCCAGGUUGCUGUGCAACAGUGUGUGCACAAGGUUUGGGGCAAGCUGCUACUCUAACCCCUGGAGGCAGUCCGACUUCCUAGAAGUUUGGCUUGGCUGGUGCCAAGCAAAUGGCACCAAGAUGGACAAGUACCUAGCUGAGAAGAUGUUUGAGCUGGUGCACUUGAUCCAUAGUGCUUUUGCAAGCACAAGAAGAGACCACAAGCAGGUGAAGACCUUCGACCACCUCAUGCAAAUGGCUGAGAUGGUUAUGGAAGAUGAGGAGGCGCUGGUGGGCAAUUGUACAGUUUAG